AUGCAACAGCUACCUUCGAAGAGAACGCGAACGGAGGAUGUGAAUCCUGCUGUCGACCAGGGCCUCCUGGUCCUCCCGGACCACCAGGGAAGCCGGGCAGACCUGGACGACCGGGCGCUCCUGGCCUACCCGGGGUGCCAGGGCUGCCACCACACCGCGAUGGACCACCGAGAUUCACCGGGGAAACCGGAGAAGCAGAGAAUCUGGGAGUAUGGUUCAGGCUGGCCUCCUGGCCAAGAUGGGCGCGGCUUCAGCCCAGAGCCAAAGGCCCACAGCAGCUCCUGGAAUCCUGGAAAGCCGGCGAAAACAAGGAGGCUGCAAGAUCCGAGUGUGAACCAGUUUCUCCUGGCGAUCAGGGACCACCUGGAGACCCGGGACCUGAAGGACUGCCUGGUAGCCCUGGUCUUCAAGGACCUCCCGGAACUCCAGGCAAACAAGGUGAGAAAGGUCCAGAUGGAAGUGAUGGCCAACCAGGACUGGAUGGCAGUCCCGGGCAUCCUGGACCUCCCGGACCACCUGGACGUCCAGGCGAACCGGGCAUUUGUCCCAAGUAUUGCGCUAUUGAUGGUGGUAUCUUCUUCGAAGAUGGAACUCGUCGUUAGUAUGAGUAAUCUCUGCAUAAUAAGUUAUUUCUUGCCAAACGCACUUUUAUCUGUUUGUGUUGACAAUAAACAUGGUGAA